UGACAAAGUGACUGCGCAGACACGUCUCAGCCAAUCGGUAGUUUCCACCUCCUGUAUCACGUGGCCCGGAUGUUAGCGAGAGCAGCUGCAGCGCAGAGGGAGAAUCACCAGCUGGCGGAGGCUAAACAUGGUGUAUAUCUCUAACGGACAAGUGUUGGAUGGCCAGAGGAGAUCUCCAUGGAGACUCUCCAUUAUCACAGACGUGUUCUGGGGCAUUACAGACUUUGUAGUCAUGUUCUUUCAGAGUAUGAUUCAGCCUGAUGUAUCAAGAAGGGGAAACGCAAACUCUUUAUCCAGCUCGCGAUUUUCUGACAGGAGAGGUCCACCAGGAAAUCCACCUCGGAGAAUGGGGCGAAUCAAUCAUGGCUGUGGACCCAGCCCACCGCCAAUGGCAGGAGGUGGAUGAGGAAGGUAAAUGCCUGCUCAGUGAAGUAGGCAACAGGAGAAGAACAAGCGCCAGUUGUAGAAGAUGAGAGACAAUUUUACUGGACAUGUUUUUUUCCAAUUGAUGCAAUGCUCUGCAACCAUGCAGACGUAUGAUGUUGUGCUGGAAACUCCUUGACCAGGAUCUGGUACCAACUGAUUUAGCAUAUGUAAAACUGUAAAUGUCCCUUUUUUGUAGUAGUGUGUCCUCUCCAAAUGACAGUGGGAUAUAAGCAUAAUAUGUUCCUGAUGGUGAUCCUGCCAUCUGCAAGGUCCCGAUUUCCAUGUAAUUUCAUAUAUAUUUGUUGCAUAAAACUGCUCUUUAUUUCCGCUUUUCCAGAAACAAAUAAGUCUGAUAUAUUCGCCAACCAAGACUGUUUAGAUAAUGAUAAUGAUCUGACCACCUCCUCCUCCUCCUUCUUUUUUUUUUUUUUUUUUUUUUUUUCUUUCUCUGUUGAAGUUUAUCGGUUAUGUAUAGUGAUUUCUGCUCAUGUUUUAUAUGUGAUUUUGCUAGAGAUACAAAUAGAAACAUACAACAUAUUUAUAUUCCUGUACAUAUUUUAUUCCAUUUGGCAAAUAAAUGGAAAGUAGCA